AUGUCUAGGGGUUAUGCCACUGCCACUCAGGCGAGGAUGUUUGUCGCGCCCACCGCGGUGCGAAGGGCCGACUUCGUCCAGGAGCUCUACCUCCGUGAGCUAAAGGCCUACAAGACUCCCGUCGUCAAGGAGAGCGAUGCCGAUGCCCACGUUCAGGUCUUCAACGAGUAUGAGAGCAUGGCUGUCGAGGUUGAGGGCGCUGAUGCCGCCACUAGCGCUUCCGGUGCCCCCGUUGUCGAAGACUGGCUCGAGACCGAGGAGACCGAGGAGCACGCUGCUCACUAA